CUUGCAGCUCACGUCCCGGGGAAGAUCAAAAGCGGCGGGGGAGAGGCAGAGGGGCAGCACAGAGCCGCCGCCUCGCUGUGGGGAGAGAAGGGAAAACAGCCCCCCCUCCCCAAAAAAACAACACCCCAAAUUGGCAAGGGCGGGACUCGAACCGGCUGCUGCUGCUGCUGCUUCCCCGGACCGCGAGCGCCCGAGGCCGGCGGAGAAAGGUGCGCGGAGGCUGCAGCAUCCUCAGCCCCUGCCCGGUGCCUGCCGCCGGCCGCUCGUUGCCCGCGGUCCAGCGGAGGAGAUGGAGCUGCCUGGGCACGGGCGCCGGCAAGGGGCCAGCUCCCAGCCAGGACAGGUUACAACAGGAUUUCCCCGGGGCAUGAAUUUGACUAUGACACACCAGUGAUGCUGAGGCAGUGUCCUCCCAGGACCUACCUUGGAAGCUAGAUCCGCAGCAGGCCUUCAAUCAUGGUGGUAUCAAGAUUAAAGGCCAUUUCUCUGCCUUUGCCCGGCCUCUUUCUUCUUACGUUUCAUCUCUCGGUAUCACAGUAUGUGCCUGAGUACCCUGAAACUGAACACCAGCAGUGUGUCAGGAGAGAACAUCCCACCAUUGCUUUUGAAGAUCUGAAGCCCUGGGUCUCGAAUUUCACCUAUCCAGGUGUACACGACUUUUCUCAGCUUGCACUGGAUGCCAACAGGAAUCAGCUCAUUGUGGGAGCCAGGAACUACCUCUUCAGACUUAGUCUGCUCAACAUUUCUCUUAUCCAGGCAACAGAAUGGGGCUCAGAUGAAGACACCAGGAGGUCCUGUCAGAGUAAAGGAAAAACCGAGGAGGAAUGUCAGAACUACGUGAGGGUGCUGAUCGUCUAUGGCAAGAAGGUUUUCACCUGUGGUACCAAUGCUUUCUCACCGUUGUGUUCCAGUAGACAGGUAGGAAACCUUAGCAAGAUCAUUGACAAAAUCAACGGCGUGGCACGAUGCCCGUACGACCCUCGGCACAACUCGACGGCCGUGAUCACGUCUCGAGGAGAGCUCUACGCCGCAACCGUCAUCGAUUUCUCUGGACGGGACCCUGCUAUUUACCGCAGCCUCGGAAACGUGCCCCCGCUCAGGACAGCCCAGUACAACUCCAAGUGGCUAAAUGAGCCCAACUUCAUUGCUGCCUACGACAUUGGGUUAUUCACCUACUUCUUUUUCCGUGAGAAUGCGGUUGAGCACGACUGUGGGAAAACCGUCUAUUCCCGCGUGGCGAGAGUUUGCAAAAAUGAUAUUGGGGGGAGGUUUUUGCUGGAGGACACAUGGACAACUUUUAUGAAGGCCCGGCUGAACUGCUCCCGCUCCGGAGAGAUACCUUUCUAUUACAAUGAACUGCAAAGCACCUUCUAUCUCCCCGAGCAAGACCUCAUCUAUGGAGUCUUCACUACCAAUGUAAACAGUAUAGCUGCCUCAGCAGUGUGUGCCUUCAAUCUGAGUGCCAUUACUCAGGCAUUCAAUGGCCCUUUCAGAUACCAGGAGAAUCCAAGAUCAGCGUGGCUGCCAACUAUAAACCCCACCCCUAAUUUUCAGUGCGGGACGUUGAAGGACGACAGCCCUAAUGAGAACCUAACUGAAAGGAUCCUCCAGGAUGCCCAGCGCUUGUUCCUGAUGAACGACGUGGUUCAGCCCAUGACUGUAGAUCCGUACGUGACUCAGGACAGCAUUCGGUUUUCCAAAUUGGUGGUUGAUAUUGUUCAGGGGAAGGAUACUCUCUACCACGUGAUGUAUAUUGGGACAGAGUACGGCACCAUUUUGAAGGCACUUUCUACCACUAAUCGGAGCCUGAGGAGUUGUUAUUUAGAGGAAAUGCAGAUUCUUCCCGCCGGUCAACAGGAACCAAUCAAGAGCCUCCAAAUCCUGCACAGUGACAGGUCACUGUUUGUGGGUUUAAAUAAUGGAGUGCUAAAAAUUCCUCUGGAGAGGUGUUCAAUGUACAGAACAGAAGGGGAAUGUCUGGGAGCCAGAGACCCGUACUGCGGCUGGGAUAACAAACAGAAACGCUGCACGACCAUCGAGGACAGCUCCAACAUGAGCCUGUGGACUCAGAAUAUCACCGAGUGCCCAGUGAAAAACCUGACAACAAAUGGAAGGCUGGGGCCCUGGUCCCUGUGGCAGCCGUGCGAGCAUUCAGACGGGGACAGCACCGGCUCCUGCGUGUGCAGGUCACGGUCGUGUGACAGCCCUCGCCCUCGCUGCGGGGGUCGCGUCUGCGAAGGGGCCCGGAUUGAGGUGGCGAAUUGCUCGAGAAAUGGAGCUUGGACACCAUGGUCCUCCUGGGCCCCGUGCAGCACGUCCUGCGGGAUUGGCUUUCAGGUCCGUCAGAGGUCGUGCAGCAACCCUGCUCCACGGCACGGGGGCCGGGUCUGCGUUGGACAGAGCAGAGAGGAGCGAUUCUGCAACGAGAAUACCCCGUGCCCUUUACCAAUAUUCUGGUCUUCCUGGGGCCCCUGGAAUAAGUGCAGCGCGAACUGUGGUGGAGGGAUCCACUCCAGGCAGAGGUCCUGCGAGAAUGCCAACACCUGCCCCGGCUGCGCCGUGGAAUACAAGACCUGCAACCCAGAGAGCUGCCCAGAGGUGCGCAGGAACACGCCCUGGACCCCCUGGAUGCCGGUGAACAUCACCCAGAACGGAGCCCGCCAGGAACAGCGCUUCCGCUACACCUGCCGAGCCCAGCUGGCCGACCCCCACGAGCUGCAGUUCGGGAGGAAGAAGACGGAGAGUCGCUUCUGCCCCAAUGACGGCUCAGCAGUCUGCGACACGGACUCUCUCGUUGAGGAUCUCCUGAAGAGCGGUAAGACCUCUGCACGGAUAAUCAACGGUGGCUGGUCUUUCUGGGGGGCCUGGUCUUCCUGUUCGAGGGACUGUGAGUUGGGCUUCAGGAUCAGGAAGAGAACGUGCACAAACCCAGAACCUAAAAACGGCGGCUUGCCCUGCGUAGGGUCUGCAAUGGAGUAUCAAGAUUGUAACCCGCACCCCUGCCCAGUGAAAGGGUCGUGGUCUUGCUGGACGCCCUGGUCACAGUGCUCAGCCACUUGUGGGGGAGGACACUACCAGCGCACCCGCACCUGCACCAACCCGGCGCCAUCCAGCGGCGAGGACAUCUGCAUCGGCCUGCACACCGAGGAGGCGCUCUGCAAUACGCACUCGUGCGAAGGAGGGUGGUCCGACUGGUCCGAGUGGAGCCUGUGCAAUGAAGACGGGGUCCAGUAUCGCAGCCGCUACUGUGAGAUUCAUGACCCCGAGUCUUCCCAGUGUGUCGGGAACAGCACGCAAUACCAGGACUGCCUGUACAACGAAAUUCCCGUGAUCCUGCCAGCUUCGAGCAUCGACGAGAGCACGAACUGUGGAGGUUUUAGUCUCAUCCAUUUGAUUGCCACCGGGGUCUCCUGCUUCUUUGGCUCUAGUCUCCUGACGUUUGUGAUCUACGUGUACUGUCAGCGCUGUCAGAGGCAGUCCCAGGAGUCGACUGUUAUCCACCCGACCACUCCCAACCAUCUCCAUUACAAAGGCAACACGACCCCCAAGAACGAGAAGUACACCCCCAUGGAGUUCAAGACGCUUAACAAGAACAAUUUAAUACCCGAUGACAGAACCAACUUCUACCCCUUGCAGCAAACCAACGUGUACACUACUACCUACUACCCCAGUACACUGAAUAAAUAUGACUACAGGCCUGAGGCCUCCCCUGGAAGGACCUUUACCAACAGCUGAUGAUGGACAGAUCAUGCAAGGACUGGAUCCAUUCCUAUAUGAAUUUUUUUUAAUUGGGUUUAUGGACCAAAUAUUGGCCCAGUCUCUAGAUGUAAAUAUUGUACAGUAGGGCCUUUUUUUUUUGGUUUACUGUAUUACUUGUAAACACCACAUCUCCUUAAGUGGGCAGAAUGCUUACGGGCCACGGACCGCUCUUCAUAAGCUUUUACGGCUAGUUGGCUGCAAGUGUUCGAGGCUGAAGAUCAGCAUUUCUGUCCAGGCCCAAAUUGCCAAGGAGCUGACUAUGUGCUGUGGCACGUUUCCACCAUGCAGGAGAAGGAAACCAUACAGGUGUACUCAAAGAAACUCAACAGGUAGCUGCUUAGAGCAAAAAACAUCUCUACGGCGAGGAGCACCUUUCCUGCGAUACGAUAGCAAAGGUACUCCGAAUGGCACUUAGUUCACAAGACAAGCUGCACGGGACUCCAUCGUGCUAACAACUUGAACGUUUCAUUCUUUUCUUUUCUUUUUUUAAGUUUCUAUAAAAGUAACUUUCCAGGGCAGUGGGACCAUGGGAUGAGUCCUUUCCCGUUAUGGGAAAUAGUCUUCUUGGGUAAGUUGCCGUUUGGCCAGCGAAGGAAGAACAUGCAAAGAGCGUACUUUACCCAAAGAAGCAUCUCAGAAUGUUUCUGGUCUUAAUUAAAAGAAAACUAUACAGGCAGUGAGAUGUUAAGCAAAUGUUGGCACGACGAGACGUGAACUUGGAGUGCGUAGCGAAGAUGUUUAUACCGCUGGAAAAAAAAAGAAAAAGUGAAGGGCUCUUCAAGAGCCGUGGGCUUUCUUCAAGACAUUUACUCUUUUGUUUUUUCCCCCUCUAGUUUUGACUCCAACCGUGUUUGCCAGGAAUGACAAUGGUGAUGGCCAUGCUCUCCUUUUGUGACAUUAUCAUGCAUUGGGAUAAUUCUUACUGUAUGGUUAUUUUUAGUUCAUUUAUUUUCAAAGAGUAAGAGAUGCUGACUUUUUGGGGGGGAGGGUAUUUUUCUAAGGAAUGUUUCCAUAGCGUGACAUGACCCGAGCGUCUGCUGCGCAUCUUUAUGGUGUCUUCCAGGCAGAACUCCAUGAAUUCAUUAAUUAUACACCUGAACAAUGUGCAUUGGUUGCCGGUAUUCCUUUAACUGCUCAGCAGACAAACAAAUCCUGCUACAGCCGUUAAAUUCAAUGGAGACUGUAGCAUUAUUACAAUUUUUUUAUCCAGCUUAGCAAUGUAAUGUCGUGUAGGUACGUGACUAUGUCCAUGAGAACUGUAUUAGACUGAGACAGAAGCCAUGGUGUCCACGACCAGGUGUUUGCUUGCCAUUAUCGUUUUCACCUUUCGCCAGUGCUUAAAUGUACAAUUCCCUCCACUGUGUUAGCAACGUGAGCAAGUAUGGCACUGUUACUGUUCGAUGUUCCUAAGUAUUUAUAACGAACUCCUGAUGCUAAAACUUCGAGAAUGCUGCAAUACCGAGCAUGAGAUAACGAGUACAAAGCACGCCCGCAUGAACUCCACGUGGUGCCAGAACGGGGACUCUUUGUAUGCCUCAUCCCUCAGCUCUUGCCAUAUCUGUUUCCAGUCCCUGGCUAGGGUGUGUUUCAAGAGGUCUGUUUUAGAUGCGUUUCCUUCGACAGAUUUUGCUGGAAGCCAGUGCUUCGUUAGUCCUCACGCCCCUCGAUCCCCGGCGCUCGCUCGCUCGGCUGGCUUGGGCUGUCCGCCUAACUCAACCGCAGAAGUAGGGAAUAGGAAUAGAAAAAAGGCCUGGCUAGAGUGUGCGCAAAAGCCCACAUAUGGCCCCCGUGACCAGGACUGAAAAGCGAAAGAGCAAAGCUGCCUUCCGUUUCUAAGCUAGUUGAACCCAAAAGCUGUCUGCAGUCGCCCAUGGCCGUAAUGGUAUUUUUCUUAUAAAAUUCCCCUUGUCAGCCUGGUCACUGGUGUGUCCCAGCCUAGGUCAGUGACUCCUGAUCUUUUCUGGCCAUUAGACCCAUUGAGGUCCUGCUCCCAGCUGCACCAGUGUCCAUGGAGAGAAACCCCACUUAGAGAAGCAGAGGUGCUCUGGAUUCCCAGCCAGGCGAUGAGGGGCCGGCGCAGACUCUUAAUACUUUUGCUUCUACUACUGCUGUGUAACGAGGGACAUUAUAACCCUACCACCCUACGUGGGCUGCCCUCAGUUUUGGCACGUUAGCAGAGGAGAAGGCACCUAGGAUGGACGGGACAGCAGCAUGGACAUCGAAAUAGCGGCAUUGCUCCAAAAGCCUAAGGUUGGGAUUUUCAAAGGCACCUAAGUGAGUUAGGCACAUAAAUGGUUAUGAGGACCUAGGCUUAGCUCCUGGUGGACUUCCUUUGAGGAACCAGGACUUGUCCUGCUGCAUGUCCUUGUUCCUUUAAGUGCCAUUAAAAACCCCCAAGAGACCAUAGUGGAACCGGUGGCUGAAAAUUGUUGGAUCAGGCUGCCCAGUCGGGACUUCCCAAAUUUAAUUUCAGUGAUCCUAAAGAAAGCGCUGGUGCCCACGAUCACUAUAGACAUUACAAAUUAUAGAUGCGAGAGCGUCCCACAUGGAUGAGUUCCUGCAUUGGAGAGCUGUAGGAUUAUCACUUACUGGGCCGGAUCGCAGCUGCCCUGCGUGAAGGUGUGAGCAAGCGAGUUGAACCUUGCAAUCAUUUUGAAUUUUUGCAUUUUCUUUUUUGCCUCUCAAACAUUUCCCAGCUCCAGCCUCUCAGAAUAACAUAUUUAAACUGCCUCUUUUUCUUCCACGCAGCUUGUGAAAUUAUUUAGGGUUUCAACUCACUGAGAAAAAUCAUUACUUCCAUUGUGCUUCAGAAGUGCAUAUUUUAUAAACUAUUUGAAGGCAGAUACCGGGGAGGGAGCGGGUGUGCAGUUAUAUUUUCAGCAAGACAUAGAGAUUUGUUCUUACCAGUCGUCCAAAUGGAUUCAGCCCUUUUUCAUAUAAUUGGCAAUCACAGCAAGAGGCUGUGGGCUCCAUUCGAGCAGAAAGUAGAAGCGAACGGGUUGGGCGGGGGGAAGGCAUCUGAACUCUUAUUACUCAAUUAAUGUUUGCAUGAGAGUGCAGUUCUUUAAGGGCAAUGUUAAUGUGAUGUCAGGGUUGAAUGCCUUAAGAGCUCCCUAGUGCAUGACAGGUUAAUGACACCAGAUACAGUGAUGUUCGUGCGUUUCUGUUUGAAUCCAGCAGGUAAUUCAGCAGCUUGAUCAUCAUGUCUGUAAUGUCUAUAGUAGAUUGAAUUGCUCCUGCAGCUUGAUGUUAAACGGCUUAAAAUUUCCCAUUCUUAGGGUCAUCUAAAAGUACACUUGGUUCUACAGCAUUGCUUUCUACAAGCCGCUUCCUACGCUAUUUUUUUUUGCCCCCAUUGUUAUGAAAACCUCGGGUCAUUCACUUGACAAGGAAUUGACCUGGACCUCAAGACUCGAGGUCUGUGCAAGUUUUGGGCUGGGAUUCAGCAGAGAGCAGGUAGACUGCUAGACAUGUCUUAUUUCUUCCCCCCCCUUAGCUAUUUCUUUCCCCCCAUACAAAUGCUUGUACUUUUUUCCGAGAAGGUUCAUGUGUGGCAGAGUUACCCCUUCUACAUUGCAAAGCUGCCGUUGGACUUUGCUGGGUUGGAAAGCCAAGUGUGAACAUCUCCCCUUAAUAACGCACACAGCUCGCUCCAGCAAGUAAAACACUGAAAAACACUCCUGGAGGAAAGGGUGCUGUUGUCUGAAAGACGCACUUGCGAGUGUAUAUAUAUGUGAGCCAACUGCUCUUCUGAGACGUGUGAAACAUGAAUCGCAGAAGACAAGAAUGUGUAUUGUACAACAACUGUUCUUGAUGCCUUAUUUUUAGAAAGUGAAAUAGAAGUUGUGUCGAAAGCAAUGUAGAAAGUGGGAACAGAGUCCAUUAAUUACCAUGUAGGCUACAGACAAUGAUGAUCCCUCCGAUGAUGUAAAGCUACGCCCAUGUGAGGCUGAAAUUGCUGUCUGUAGAGAACUGUCUAUUCUUUGUACCAAAUUGUAGGAUUUUUUUAUACAUAUAAAAUGUAAAUUUAAAAGUUUGUGUACCAACUUCCUCUUUUGAUCGAAUAGUGUGCAUUAUCUAUCAGUGGAUAGGUACAGUAUAUAUUUAUAAUAUAUACACACAAUAUAUAUAAAUAUAUAUAUAUAGCAAGAUGCCUGCAGAGAACGUUUAGAAGGGCAGUGCUGUUAUUCAACCUCCAUCUGGACAAACUGAAAUCAAGGACUGAAACAGCCAGUGUUUCAUUUGCUUUAACAAAACAUACCUUGUAGCUAAAUGCAAUCUAAUUCUCUUUAAAUUGAGAAGAAAAUUGAUUUUUAUAGUUCAAAAUGCCCAUUUCCCCAGCACAAAGCCUGCGUAAGAAUGCCAGCACGAACUGUUUUUGGAGCAACUUCUGUUUUAUGAAUAAUCCUCCCAUGCCGGCUAUGUGGAUCACUCAUUUUUUUUAAUUACAAGUAGAGAAUAAUUGUGUGAGCAUAAUAGCACGUGGGAAUAAGGACUGCUGUAGCACUAAAGUAAAAUGCGUCUUCAGCCAGAACUGGGAGGAAGUCGGUUAGCACUUACGUGUUGAAGAGCUUUGCAAUUAGUUUCCCUCUUUGAUUGGCAGGCUAGACACCGAAGAACUAUUCACACACUGGGCUCUCACUGUUUAAGUUAAGGGAGGAAACCUGCCAACCCGCCAACCCACCAGCUGAGGUAUUUAAAGAAGCCUAAAAGAUUUGAUACAGUGAGCCAGGCACCUGAAUCCCUUGGGCUCCUUUGAAAAUCCAAGCUGUAAUUUUCAGGGUGGCUGAGGUUGCCCUUGGCCAUCUGCUCAUUGGGACAGGGUAAGGACUACCAAAGGUUUGCAAGGGCUUGGUUUGGACUGUUUGAUUCUUCAAUAGGAAAGGCACAUAGGGAUGUCUCUUGUAAACCCGCUGAGGGCAAACCUCCAGAGGUCCUAAGGACAAGUUUGGUUCAAAGAAACAUGGACCCAUUUAGGUGCUGUCCACGUCUCAACCUGAGACAGGAAAAUGCUCUCAAGCAGGUUGUCAUGGAGGGUCCGUUAUCUUGACUGGCAUGGUUGGACACUAUUUGAAGAGCACCGUAUUCUUGCCCAGGGUGGAGAAAGCCAGCUCAUGGCAGAGAUGCAGACUUCAGAUCUUGGCACUCCAGCCUGAUCCAAGCCAACCUUGUCAGGUGGCCAAAGGCGAUCCUGAUGAGUAACGGCAACACGCUCCAUGGGCUGGGCACCUGUGCAAGAUGCAUGCCACAGAGUCAGGGAGCAGUCUGUGGGCCAACUCCAUCAAUAAUGGAAGCAAAAAGUUUCCAUUGCAAAAUUGUCGAGCCAACGUCAAAGCCAGCCAGCUGCACGCUGGUGGGGGAUACGCAGCUGCUCUCCGCUAACGGCUGGAUGCAUGCACGCAUCUAAUUCAUUAACAACAUCGUUUGUCAUAGAGGAGAAGUGAGGGAGGAAUGAUAGGCGAAGGUGAAAUCAUAGGACUUUCUGUUAUAAUAGGCAGGGGAGGGGAAUGACAGUGCAUAAUUGGGUCUUGGAUACACAGGAAAUUAGUAGAACACAAAAUAUUUGGCCCCCAAAAACAAACCCUGGAGAGUAGGAUUGGACUCUUGUGAAGGCACAUCACCCUUCCUAUGCAAUUGAACUUGAUGGUACUAUUAGUAUAAAGGUGACCUAGACUGUAAUCACUGCCUUUAGACACUGUGAAUUUUUUUUGGGUACUCUGUAUUUUUAUAUAUUGUACAAUGUAAAGAAUAAUUCAGAAAUAAAACAGAACAACCUGG